UUAUAUGAUGUACAAAACUGCAUUCGCAAAUGUAAUUUCCGACCCUUGUCAGAUUUUGGAAAUCUACUGUUAAAGUGGUUAUGCAAAUAUGGAGACAUGUUUGAGUGGAUAUUACAAAUAAACAUCCAGGACAGAAAAAUAAUACAAUUUCAGCAUCUUUAGUGCUUGGACAGAUGUAAAUAUCUGAAAUAAGUACAUUUCUGCAAAAGCUAGACAUACAGUAGGUACUGCAAUAAAUGAAUAGCCUAGCCAAAUACAGAAUAAUCAAGAUUGUGACUUUGUGUUUAUGUGAAUAAAUAACAAUACAUUUCUACUUUUAAUGUUAUUUGCACUUCAGACCCCUUUUUUUUUUUUUUUUUUUUUUUUGGACAAGAAAAAGCCUUGUUUCAUUACAACCAUUGAAAAUGUGUAAACUAAAACAUUUUCAGAUUGAGUCAUAUUGAGAGACCCAUAUCUCUGUGAUUCAACCAUACAGGGCUUUAAGUAUGAAGAGACCAAAAGAAAAAUUUGUUAUGAACCAGAAUCUAAAAUAAUAUUAAGAUAUUUUUUAUUACAUCUGGAGUAAAAUGCACUCCAACUUUGGAGAAAAAAAAACAACACAAAUAGUUUUUUUUUUUUUUUUUUUUGGACUCGCUCCAUUGGCAUAUAGUGCAACAAGAGGCGCUGAAGUCAACUGAUUUUAGGAAAAGACCUACCUAUCUUUGUCUAAAAAUUAAGUAAUGAUGCUGCCAAUUUUCUAAGGUUAUUUUUCUUUUUUUUUAACUUGUAGUUUUACACCAAAAUCAUAUAGGCGAAAAUUUUCAUUUUGACUCCACUCUACAAAAUAAUGGAUUACUCAGUAAAUAUUGAUCCAUGGCAUUUAUUAUUUUUGAAAUACAUUUAUGUAUUUCUUUCACCAGUUAAAAAAAUUUAGCCAGGGACCUCUGGUUGAGUUGACACGGAAUGACAAAUAUGACAUUAUUUUCACGAAAAUUAAGCACAUUUUCCAACCAAUUCUCAGACUGUCAGUACUGUAAAUGUCAUUCUCAUUAAGUGUAUUCAAUACUGAAAAUCAUCCUGUCUGGACAAAAAAUAUAUAUAUAUAUAUAUAUUUGUAAUCAAAAUCAGACAAUAAAAAUAAAAUACAACAAAUACUACCAUACUUACAAUUGUACUUUACAAAUUAACUUUAUAAUUUAAAUAAUAUUAUAUUUUUUCCCCUUAUUAGAGUAAUGAGUGAGUUUUUCAACAACUCCUUAGAAUGUGCUUAAUUGUCAUUAAACUUCUAACACAAUGCAAUAAGUUCUAAUGGCUCAAAAAACAGGCUUCGUUAUCUUGAGGCAAAAUCUAAUUUUGAAAAAUGAAAUGACCUAUUCUUGACAGUUUUGAGAGAUUCACACGUUCAUUUGAAAACCAGUGCGAACACAUCAUGUAUUUUAAUGUUUCAUGGACAUAUUUUAUGGACACUAGGGAGUUGUAAGCAGCUGUGUUGUAUUGUGUUGUAGCUCUGUGAUGUUAGAGGAGGGUCAGGAUGGUAUGGACAGUGGUAGUCUGACUCCUGGUCCAGCUCGACAGGUCUGCAUCCAACGCCAUCCAAGCCACGGCUUCGGAUUCAUUGCCGGCAGUGAACGGCCUGUUGUUGUACGCUCUGUCUUUGCAGACGGACCAUCCAGUGGCAAGCUUUUCCCUGGAGACCAGAUCCUCGCCAUCAACCAAGAGCUUGUGAGCGACGCGCCCAGGGAGAAAGUCAUAGACCUUGUAAGACGCUGCAAGGACUCCAUUGUUCUUACUGUGCUGCAACCGCAACAGUCACCUAAGUCUGCCUUCAUAAGUGCAGCCAAGAAAGCUCAACUGCGAACCAAUCCCCCCAAAGUGCGCUUUUCUGAGCAAGUGUCCAUCAGCGACCCAGACUCAACCAUGCUUAAAGACGAGUCUUUGCUUCUGAUACCAAAUGUUUUGAAGGUGUUUCUGGAGAAUGGACAGAUCAAAUCAUUUACAUUUGACAGCCGCACCACUGUUAGGGAUGUGAUAUCGUCGCUGCAGGACCGUCUCUCUCUACGUUACAUUGAGCAUUUCGCUUUGGUGCUGGAGUCCGGUGGACUGGCAAAGAACCAGAGGCUGCAUCUGCUCCAGGAGAACCAGCCACUGUCUCAUGUAGUUCACAGGACCUACUUCCAGGGAAUGAAGUGUAUUUUCCGUAUCUGCUUCUUCCCAAAGGACCCUGCUGACUUACUGAGGAGAGACCCUGCAGCGUUUGAGUAUCUCUACAUACAGAGUCGCAAUGACGUCAUUAAAGAACGCUUUGGGGUGGACUGGAAGUCUGAUGUCACACUAAGGUUGGCAGCCCUCCACAUCUACAUCACUGUGUCAAUCGCGCGACCCAAUCAGAAGAUUUCUCUCAAGAAUGUUGAGAAAGAAUGGGGUUUGGAACCUUUCCUUCCUUUGACCCUGUUGCCAACUGUCAAGGAGAAAAAUGUCUGCAAGACUCUCUCACAGCUGUUGAAGACAUAUCAGCAUCCUCCUCCAGCUGGUAACAAGGUUUCUCCUCUACAAGGAAAACUACAGUAUAUGCGUGUCUUGAACGAUCUUCCGCCAUUCGGAGGCUUCUUGUUUCACACAGUUGGCCUGGAUGAGAAGCAAUCAGCCACUACGUUGUUGGUAGGGCCAAGACAUGGCAUCAGUCAUGUGAUUGACCUGAAGAACAACCUAACAACGGUCUUAGUAGAGUUCAGCCGUGUAGGCAAAGUCCAGCUCUUCAGAGAACAUCAUGGGGUAGCCCGUGUUGAGGUUGUUAUUCUGGAAGCAAAGCCUCUGGUCUUGUUAAUGGAGUGGCCAGAUGCAUCAAACUUUGCCUGUUUGAUCUCUGGCUAUUACAAGCUCUUUGUGGACCCUAAAAGGACCAUCUACUGUAGGAUACCUGGUCAGCCUCAUAUGAUCAAGGCAGAUUCCAGAAGUUCCCACACCCAUUCCCGCUCCGGAGCCACUGUGUUAAGUGGGAGUCAGCGAGAAGAGAGAGAGGGGUCAUCAAGAGAGGCGGCGCAGAAGACAUCGGCACCAACUGUAUCUCAGCACCUUGGCCUGUGUCACAUCCAUUUAAAAGAGCAACAACAGCUGCCAGAUCUGCAGAUACAGGCAGAGCAGGAGCUUGACAUUAAUGAGAACCUUAUCUCACAGGUGCAGAGUCGUUCACGCACAAAGUCUGACCCCACUCUAAAGAGCACUGAAUCAGUGGCUGAACAAGACCGUCCUGGCGAUGACAGCUCAAGCUUCAGGGGCAGGGCAAAAACAAUGGAACAGUCAAGAAGGUUUUUUUGCGACUCCUGCAAGGCAAAACUCCAAGCUGGUUUGAUGUCAGACGUUGGAGAGUCUGGGAAGCUCAUUUUGCAGCAGUGCACAAAUUCUUGUGCUUCUCGUGAAGUAGGGGCUGUUGAUCUCAUUGCCUUACCACUCCCUGGGAAUGAGGAAGAUGAGGAGGUGGAUGAUGGUGGAGGAAAGUUGCAGCUUCCCCCUCCUGCCAUAGCAGCACCACCCCCGGGGUUUCGUGAUAAUAGCUCUGAUGAAGAUGACCCAAAAAAGGGUCGGAAAGGAAUCAAAGCCUCUGCUGCUGUGGCAGAAGGUCAAGAGGAUGUUCCUGUGACACUGAUUGAUACUGUGGCCACUAGGACGGUUCAGGACCAUGCUCAGGAGUUAGAUGAUGCAUUAGUGUCCACUCUCCAGGCUUUGGAAGCACUCGCUGCAUCAGAGGACUACCCACACCAUCACCAGCAGACAGCACAGACAGCAGGGUUGAUUGUGCUUGCUGCCAUAACCCCUGAAUCAUCCCUAGACUCUGGGCAUGAGACAAAUUCAUCAGAGCUUACUGAUGUGUCUGAAAUGGUGUCUGCCAUGAAGCAGCAUCAGAACCAGGCCUAUCUUCUUGCCCAACACAUCAACAAAGAACGACUUUUCCGUCGACGAGACUUCCCCUUGACAAUCCCUGGCUGUACCACACAAGCAAUUGGGGGAGGGGCCUUUUCAAUGAGUCAGAUCCGUAGUGGGUGUCCACCAAAGCCUGUGACCUUAAGUAAGACUCUGCCCUUGAAAGUGUGUCCCAAUCAAGGGGCUGUCAAUGCUGUGGAGCAGGGCAAGAGCCCUGAAGGAGUCAAAAGUGAGAAGGAUAUAGAAAAACUGGAACCAGACCCUGUCAAAGAGUGCAUGGUAGAGUCUGAACCACAGACAUCUGAGGAACUCAAAGCAUCAGAACAAACCAAUGUGGGGUGUGCUCCCCAGGUCAACAAAGAGAAACUGCCUCUUGCAAAUGAAGAAAAACUGAGCACCAAUUCCUCCAAAGGUGUCCAGGAAAAACAUUCUGGGACAGCCACCCUAGAAAUGACCAACAUAGCCUUACCCGUUCUCUUGUCUGUGGACAGAACUGCAUCUGCUAAGAUUUGCCAGACAAAUGUGUGCCAAGAUGCAGAGACUGCUUCAAGUGAGACCAUAAAGCCUUCAAGUUCAGUGGGCCUUCUACCAGCUGCUGACUUGUUCUGCACAUGUCCAAUACGGCCAGAGCCUGGCCCACAGGUGCGUUUGAAAGAUCCACAGGCCCAAAAGGUUGUAGUGUUUCAUUCAUCCUCUCCCACAGACGAUGAGCAUCUCUGUGCCAAAGGACUUCAGUUAAUCAGCAACAAAGAGAUUACAGCAAAGACACCUGAUGCAAGUUUGGCAAAGCCUAGCACCCUGCCUUCCACUAAGUACUCACCAGUUAUGCCUGCUAAAGUAGAACAGAAAGAGACAUCAGAGGUAAAGGCAGAGAACUCCCACAGUAAAGCCCCUGUGGAACCACAGAUAGAUGCUAAAAGUUUGCCUGUUCUGGUAGACCCAACACAUGUCUUGAGUUGUGUGGAAAAGGGUGCAACUAUCCCAGGAGCAGAGUAUAAAAAGCAUGCGAAUAACAAAUCCAAAUCCCAGCGUAGUAUUCCAUUUCUGAGUUUUAGGAAUAUAAUUUCAGCUACCUUCCCAGCACGUCUGCGCAGAGAGACAGAUGAGCGCCAUGCGCAGCUACAGAAGGUCAGGCAAUAUGAGCUAGAGUUUCUGGAGGAGCUUCUAAAACCCAAAACAUCACAAGGAGAGUUCUUGCCACAGGGAUCUUCUCCUGUCCCCUCCUUAACCCCAUGUGCCUGCCAGCUGCGCACCAGUCCUGUGCAGAAGGUUCCAGGGAUCUCACGAGAACAGCGACGCAGCUGUGAUUGUAAGCGGAUGUGCCGGGGGAUGCGUCUCCCAGAUACAGCUGUUGGUUCUGCAAUUGAGCAGAGAGGAAGAGAGAGAGCUGUCUCAAAAACACCCCCAAGAGUCCUUAAGUCUCAACAUGCUCAAGGAGAAUUACAGAAACCUCAGACUCUGGAAAUCAAAACCACUCGAAUCCGCUCAACAAGCCUAGAGUCAAGGGAACCCAGAGAUACACCCACAUCAUGUUUGCCUAUGUGCACCACCCGAUCAGAAUGUAUGGGUGCACCACAGUACAAAAAGCUACAAAGGAGAUAUAGUAUAGGGGAGAUAGAUAACAAUGAAAGCACCCCCCUAUAUGCGGAGGUCAAAACCACAAAAACAAAGAGUUUGGAGAAAGAAAUGGAAAGAGUCAGAGCCACUGGACUUAGACUCCCAAUUCCAGUGGAGCCUGUACAUACUAAAGAGGGGGACACCAAAAAGAAGGGGAUAUUUUUUAUACAGGGAGAGGAACUAAUUCAGGAAACUCGUGAGGGUACCACUGAGGUUCUAAGAUUGCCAAGUGAAGAUAAUGAAGACAGGGAAAAAUGCUGCUCCUUUUGCUUCUGUUAUCGCAAAUGUGAAGCUGCUGAUGAAAGCAGUGAAAAAGAUGAACUGUCUUAUUCCAUCCCCUUGCAGGUUUUGCCCGGAAUGCAACUAGAUUCAGGGGCAAUGCCAGUAGUCAGCAAAACUCUUCAGGUACUUGAUGCGGAGGAUUGCAGUGGGGAAGAAGAGGAGGAAGAGGAGCCACAAACACAGAGGAUUGAUCUGCGGGCACCUGGGAACUUGGAAACGAGCUUGGCAAGACUACAGUCCUUGCAGGGCAAAACAUUCUCGCUACCUGAUGGAUUCCUAAAUGCACAACUUGAUGCCAAUGAGCUGCUUGCAAUUUUAAGGCAGUGUGCCAAUAGUCCACAAAUAGAAGGUGAACCUCGUAUUCCUCCUGCAAGACUGGCAGAGUACAAGCAAGAACUUGCAGUCUGUUUUAAAGAGUUCAGGGCAUCAUGUAGACGAGUGGCAAAUGUUGAGAAAAGUCCAGCACGAAUGCUAAGUGCUGUCACAGCCAGCUUCCAGGUGCUGUGUAACCUUACUCAGACAUUCAUUAAGCUGGUCAAGGGUGUACGCUCUGAAACUCAAAAACUACAGCUUUUACAUAAAGUAGAGGAGGUGGCUGUCAACUAUACCCUUCUUCUUCGGGCUGCUGAAGAGGCAAUGGGACACUCAAGUAGCCUCCCCAAUAAGAGUGCCAGUGCUAAACUCCAAACCUCCACUAACAUGGGCUCUCUUAAUCGCUCCAUCAAAACCUUGCCCAGCAAGUAAUGACUUCAUUUCGCACAUGGGAUCGUGGGGCAGGCGUAAAGACAGUUUUUCAAAUGGGCAAUGUGACUCUCUUCUAGAUUAUUCAUUAGUUUACAUUUUUAUUGGCCUUUCUGUUAGGUCACUGCCUGCUAAAUUCCAUAAUUGCUUAACUAUAUACUGUAAUACUAUUGUAAAGGGUUGUGCCAACUUGUACCCCCAGAGGAUCUUUGUCACCAUUUAUGUGCAGCAAAGAAAAAUAUACAUUGAUCCUGUGCAGUACAGAUGAAUAACAGGGCUGUACACUCAUGUCUUUAGAAAAAGAGAACUGUGAAAUUGACUUUUUUUGUAAGUUUAGUUGUUCCUAUAUUUUAACCAUAAAAUCACAAUCUUGGGAAGGGCUGGUGGGGAUGGGGAAUGUCUGGGUUAUUCUGUAUCUGGAACAAAUGGUUUAUAGAGUAUAUUAUAAAAAAAACAAUAUUAUCAUUAUGAAAUUACAAAUAUUGUAGAGAAACUAUACCUAGAUCACAUAAAAAUGUGCCCAGAUGGUGGCAAAAUUUAUCACAGAGUAAAUUACAGAUAUAACAGAUUUUGUAAAUUAGCUAGAGAGAAAAAUGGCUAUUUGAUAAUGUACUUGUUUUUCAAUUUUGAUUGUUGUGACAUGAAAUACUCCCUUUUCACAAUAUCACAUCCACACUCUGGAUUUGUAUCUCUGCAAGAGUCUAAAUUGGUACAUUUUUAAUAAAUAUUUAUGAACACAAGAGCCCACUAACAAGGUAGUGGAAGGCAACACCUGCUCAGGGCAGACAAUGUAGCAGAUUCAAAUUCACUGGAAUAUGAAUUGAAAGAGGACUGCAGUUGAGUGAAGACCAAGCAGAAAAACAAAGGGCGCUCUUUGCUAAUGCACAAAAACAAUAUCCUUCAUCUCUCACCUCCACAUACAGGACUGAACUAGCUCCAUACCUCAUGCAGUGGCAAACAGUGGCAACAUUAUUUCUAUUGAAGGAGUGUGGUAAGGUUCUGAUAGCCUCAUAAUUCAGUGCAAUCACAAAGCCAAUGCGUAUGUAUAUAAAACAUUUUGUUUCCACAAAUAGCCUAUGUCUUAGUGCACUACCAUGUUUGAAAACUUAAUGAAUAUUGAUUUAAUGUUUUACCUCAUAAUUGGAAAUGUCCUUACUAUAAUGAAGAAAACUUUAUUUUUGGAUUUUCAUGUGAUGUCAUCCAUUGUGCACUCUUAAGAACACCCCCCCCCAACACACACACACACAGAAUAGUUUUAUAUGUAUUUUAAUAAAACCAACUGCUGUCUUAUGUCUCAACACUUUUCUGUCUCCUUUCAAUCUAUGAUAUAACUGAUUAAAUAAGGGUCUUAGAAUCACUUUAACAGGCUCUACUACUGUUAAGUUAUAACAAAUAGAAUUUCAUUGUUCUGGUGUCUUGCAUGUUGACCCUCCUUUAAGCUUGGUUUGAAUGAAGCAGGCACUGUCAAGACUGUUUAAUGCUUGAUUUGGAUAAUAUACCAUUAAAAGGUCAACAAAACCAUACUCAUUGAAAAUAGUGUUUUACAAUUAUAUUUCCAUAGAAAAGUACUGUAUACUUAUUCUAUGCUCAACUAAAAAUAUUGUUAAAAAUAAAACAUGGGAUAUUUGUGAAGCUUAAAAAUAAUUUUGAUAUUUAUGAAUAUAUCAGAACUUAUUGUUUUUUUUAAUUAACAGAGAAUUCACAACAUGAAUCUUAUUAUUUAUAGAAGCAAUGUACAAAAAACAAAUACCUAUAUUUUAGAGUAUUUCAGAGUAAGCAUGGAACAUGUCUAUUUUUAUAAAAUACUUUACAGUGAAAGAUAUCAUCAUGUUUAUACUUCUCCAUUUUCUGUCAAACACUAGUUGCACUGUCAAAAUGAGAUUUGUCACAGCGCUUAAUUUCUUUCAUUUGUUGUAUGUGCUCAUAUUUCGUUCUUUUAGUUCCUGUCCAUUUUUGUGUGCAAGGUCAUGUUUAAAAGAAAUAAAGUGCAUUAAAAACACAAUAUUUUCAGCUUCAUACUGGCUGAGAUCAACUUAUUUUGCAGACAUAAGAGCUGUGAAAAAUUACACCAAACAUUAUGUAUUGUGUAAAGACACUGACAGUGAUCUAAUUUUAAGAAAUAAAAUAAAGUUAUAUUCAGUUAUAUAUAAAAUAAAAUAACAAAAAUAAAAAAUAAAGCUAUUUUCUGCUCUGGAAAGAAUAAAAGCAGCCUCUUAGCUUUGACCAUUUACAUUCUUGACUACUUUGAAUUAUAGAAAUUGCCCACUUUUCUUUGCAAAAAUGAUUUUUUUUAAUUAUUAUUAAAAGCACCUUUAAUAUUUUAAUAAAACAUUUAAUAAACUUAACUAACUUUUAAUAACAAUUAAAUAUAUUUAUUCCUAACAUUUUAAUAAAAAAAUAAACUUUCAUGAGGUGCAGUUCUGCAAUUCAUAACCUUCAAAGGCAAAACAGUAGUAACUAUGCCAACACUGAAACAGAAAAAUGGCUUCUAAAGUGUGGAUUUUGAAGUUACUGCAAUUUUAUAUCAAAGUACAGAUCAGUUCUCAGAGACCCGAUUUUCGCCGUAACUCCCUUUAUUCAGUUUCUUUUUUUUUUUUCCUUCAUAACUCACUUUUAUAAAAGCCAAAUGAUAUAACUGAGACAAGACAAUAGCUAAUUGUCAAGCUUUUCUGAGUUAUGAGUACCUUGGAACUUGAACCUGUUAUUAUGAACUGUUGAAACAUUAAAACUAAGCCAAAAGAACUCAACGUGAGGGUGUGUAAACCCCCCCCCCCCCCCCGAAAAAAGCAUUUCUAAUUAACCACUUUAAUGACAUAAUACAAGACUUAAAACAAGUGGAUUCAAAUGAUCUUCAUUUGAUUAUUUAUUUAAAUUGUGUUAAUUAUCUUACAUUUGAAAAGUGCUAUUUGCUAAACGUCAAGGAAUACCUGACUGUGAAACAAUUUAUGUCAGCAAAAAGUGGUUUUUGAAAGACAUUUAUUUGGAUUCCUCCUCACCAGUAGUCCGUUUGUCACCAACACCAAAAAGAAACUACUUGAAAUGCAUGAAUUUCAUUCACAUGAAAAAUGUGUUGCCCAAUUAAAACUGUUACUAACAGAGCUCCAUCUAGGCCGCAUGUGUUUCGAACAAUGCUUGAGUUAAUUCUAAAUGCCACAAACGUCAUGUAAACGCAUCAAUGAAUCAGGUACCCAGGGAUCGAAAAUGUUUGCCAGUAUGACAACUUUGAAAGUACUUGAUCAAUUGAACUUGUUUUGUUUUAAGGACCUUAAUCAGGGUGCACACCAUAUUUAAUUUGACGCAAAUUUAAGUUUUGAAUCUUUUACAUAAACUCACCAUAUUGUUCCAAACCUGUCUGAGUUUCUAUCUUUUCCUUUGAACACAAAAAGAAA